AUGGGGGGACGAAAGGCGAAGGAGGCUGACUGGCUUGCUGAAGACCACGCAGCACGUCACCGGAAAAGCUGCAGAACGUCUUUCUCGAUGUUUUGCCCUCUGCGCAAUCGAAUUAUUGCCACUCCAGCCGGUGGCUCUGAAAGUCGCUCUGACGGCCGCGACUGCAGGAUCAUACCCCAGCUGGAGAACUCACCUUCACAGAUUUUGCCAAGUAGCCCGCCUGUCUCUGAGAUUUCGGAAGCGACUAGGACAUACUUGCAAGGUGUGAGCCGCUAUGACUUGGAUGAGCUUGAUGCUUGCUGGUUGGAACUUGUUAAUAUGGAGCUCAAGGAGAUGGAGAAGCCGGAGCUGGACGAGAUGACCCUGGAGAGAGUGCUGGAGGAGCUGGAGACCAUGUGCUACGAGAACAUGAACAUCGCCAUCGAGACAGAGGAGGGCCUCGGCAUCGAGUACGACGAGGACGUGGUGUGCGACGUGUGCCGCUCCCCGGAGGGCGAGGACGGCAACGAGAUGGUCUUCUGCGACAAGUGCAACGUCUGCGUGCACCAGGCGUGCUACGGCAUCCUGAAGGUCCCCAUCGGGAGCUGGCUGUGCCGGACCUGCGCCCUGGGAGUCCAGCCGAAGUGUCUGCUGUGCCCCACGAGACGAGGAGCCCUCAAACCCACCCCCAGCCGGGCGAUCCACGUUAGCUGUGCCUUAUGGAUACCUGAAGUUAGCAUUGGAUGUCCUGAAAAGAUGGAACCCAUAACGAAGAUCUCCCACAUCCCCGCAAGCAGAUGGGCUCUGUCCUGCAGUCUCUGCAAGGAGUGCACUGGGACGUGUAUCCAGUGCUCCAUGCCCGCCUGCGUGACGGCGUUCCACGUCACCUGCGCCUUCGACCACAACCUCGACAUGCGGACUAUUUUGGCGGACAACGACGAAGUGAAGUUCAAGUCCUUCUGCCUCGAGCACAGCACCGGCGCCACCAAACUCCCGGAGGAGGCGCGGACAGAGCCCGACCAAGCCCAGCUGGACUUGGAGAAGGUCACGCUGCGGAAGCAGAAGCUCCAGCAGCUGGAGGAGGACUUCUAUGAACUCGUGAAGCCGUCAGAGGUGGCGGAGAACCUUGACUUAAGCGAAUCGCUGGUGGAUUUUGUCUAUCAGUACUGGAAGCUGAAGAGGAAAGCAAAUUCCAACAAGCCGCUGCUGACACCAAAAACGGACGAAGUGGACAACUUGGCCCAGCAAGAGCAGGAUGUUCUCUACCGGCGCUUAAAGCUCUUCAUGCACCUCAGGCAAGACCUGGAGAGGGUUAGAAAUCUCUGUUACAUGGUGACAAGACGGGAGAAAAUGAAGCACACCAUUUGUAAACUUCAGGAGCAGAUCUUCCAUCUCCAGAUGAAGCUUAUUGAGAAAGAUCUUUAUCCAGAACAAACUGGGAAGAAGACAAAGGGUAAGAAAAGUGACCCAAGAAGGAAAGGAAGAGAUGGUAGAAAAAAUAGUCCUGAGAAGACAGAGAAAAGGAAAUCGGUCAACGAAACUGUCUUGGGACAACUGGGCUUGGCAACCUCCUUCCCCAUAGACGGGACCUUCUUCAAUAGCUGGCUUGCCCAGUCCGUCCAGAUCACGGCCGAGAACGUGACGAUGAGCGAGUGGUCCCUGAACAACGCCCACCACGAGGACAACACGCCGGGCCUCUCCGAGGAGCUCCUGCAGGACGAGGAGACCUUGCUGAGUUUCAUGAUGGAUCAUUCUCUGAGGUCUCCCUUCAAGCAGAGCGAGGCCACAAAGAAGGUGAAAAGCAAAAUGAGAAUGAACACUAAGAAAAAACUGUCAAAAAACAACCUGAACACAAUCUUCAAGAGUCACCAGGAGGCUUCAGAGCAGUGGACUAACAACGCGAGUGACUUAUCAGACAACGCGAUGAAGCCCUUUGCUCCCGAUUCGAGACCUAGCAAGUCGGAGAAAGGACCGGCCAAGCUUCCCGCAGACCGCAAAGGGACUAGCGACACGAAAAAGACGGCCAAGAAGGGCUCUGUCCCCAAAGCGAACGACUCGCCCGCCUCUUCCAGCGUGAGGAGCCCGGUGAGCAACGAGGAGGAGACCAUGACUUGCGCCCAGCCUGAGCCCAGCCCCGUGGUUAAAGUGCCUGACUCAGUAGGUAGCCCGAAAACCGUAGUGAGGUUCAAAUUACCAAAGGAGAGCCGAGGGACUCGCAGGUCCCAGCCCCCGAAGCCCGAGGCCGUGAACGGGCCCCCCGCCGGCGAGCGGCCCAAGGCCAUCUUGCGCCAUUUUGACGCUGAGACUGACGGCUACUUCUCCGACGCCGAGAUGAGCGACUCGGACGUGGAGUCGCGCGGCAGCCGAGCGCAGCGCGGGCAGCUGGAUCCGGGGGGCGAGGAUAUUGUCAGAAUGAGCAUUUUGGCAUCCUAACUCCGCUAGAUUGCCCGACUGUGACAGCUCGACGAGGCCUCAACCCAGUGACAACUGCCAUGUCCAAUUUCUGCCUGGUAUCAUAAACGAGGGGGGAUUUUUAAUGUGUGUAUAUAUAGUUUCAAAUUCAGCACUGUUGUCUUUCUCUUCUCUAUAUGCCUGAGAUACAGCUUCAGCUUCACCGACGUAGAUUACUGUGACAGUCGUUGUCCCCUCUUAGUUCCCUCGCACAUCCCACGGGAGAGGAGCGCGCGGGCGGCGGGCCGGCGGCGGGCGAGACGUCCCCGGCAGGUCGGGAGAGCUCCGGUGUUGCCAGGGUCCCUUGUCCCUGCAGGGAUGACCGUCUCGUGGGCAUUAUUUAAAGGCGGGCGGGUUCACGCUCAGCCUGAGCCGGUGCCCCUGGACGCCAGGGAGCGAGCGGAGGGGCCGGGCACGGCCC